AUGAUGCCUAUAGGCAUUCCUUUGGUACAGUACAAGGUGCCAGGAUCGCGGCGCACUGAAUGGGAGGAUAUUCACACCAGGCUUUACAGGGAACGUAUACUCUUUGUCAGCCAGCCGCUUGAAGACAACUACACGAAUUUGUUAAUCAGCGCACUUUUGUGCUUGGACAACGAAACAACGGAAAAACCAAUCACAUUGUAUAUAAACAGCCAAGGCGGUCCAAGCACUGCAGGCAUUGCACUCUACGACGCUGUAAAACACUUGAAGUCGAAAAUUGCCACCAUAAACAUAGGAUUCUGCGGUGCGACGGCGUCCCUUCUAUUGGCAGCAGGGACACCUGGUAUGCGAGCAGGUCUCCCGCAUUCUAGGGUGCUGAUGCAUCAGCCUUCGGGAGCGCUACAGGGUUCGGCUGAACAGAUCAAAAGCGAAGCCAAGCAUCUGUUAGAUAUCAAGCGCACAUUGCAGGACUUAUACAGCCAAGUAACUAAGCGACCUCUCGAGCAGAUCACUGUUGAUUUAGAACGUGCAAAUUUCAUGUCUGCAGAAGAAAGUAUGCAGUAUGGUUUUAUAGAUCGUAUACUAAAUCCAACUGACGUGGAAGACAGGUUGCCAAGAUAG